AUGUUCACCGGACUGACUGACGAACAGCGAAUGCAGCUGAGAACCGGCUGUCAUUCCACCAUUCCAGGUUUAGGUACUGGUUACGGCUAUGUGCCAUCGCUGGCAGCAGGCAUUGUCUUUUUGGUUUUGUUCGGUCUCUCGAUGCUCGUCCACACGGUUCAGUUUGUCUGGAAGAGAAAUUGGUGGUGCGUUGUUUUCAGCAUUGGAUGUUUGACGGAGAUCAUCGGCUGGGCCGGACGGACGUGGUCUGCAGAAUGUCCUUACAACUCGAAUGCUUUUCUGAUGCAGAUCUCAACACUGAUCAUCGCCCCGACUUUCUUCACUGCGGGUAUCUACGUCCUUCUCGGCCGCUUCAUCCAAAUCCUAGGCCGCGAAUCCUCCAUCCUCGGCCCUAACCUUUACCUCUGGAUCUUCUGCACCUGCGAUGUGAUCUCCCUCGUCAUUCAAGCCAUCGGCGGCGGUAUUGCCUCCUCCGAGUCCGACAAGGUCGACGGCGACACCGCCCCCGGCACGCACAUCAUGGUUGCCGGUAUCGUUUUCCAGAUGUUCUCUAUCACCGUCUUCGUCGCCUGCGCCGCCGACUUCGUCCGUCGCUGCAUCAAACACCGACUCCUCCGCCAGACCACCGGCACCAUCUACCCCCUGUUCGGCGCCAUGGUAUUCUCCGUCGUCUGCAUCUACAUCCGAAGUAUCUACCGAACCAUCGAGUUGUCCCAGGGCUGGGACGGAUACCUGAUCACAAGGGAACGGUACUUCAUUGCGCUUGACGGCGCCAUGAUGGUCCUUGCCGUGGCCGUCUUCAACAUCUUCCACCCUGGCUGGCUGAUGCCCAGCAACAAGUCGAUGGAGUUUCAGCGCGAGUUGACCUCCAACGACGGGUAUGAUGUGGAACUUCGCUGA